AUUUUUCUCAACUGAAAUUUCUCGAGUGAUACAAUAUAGAUCGGCACUGCACUCAUCAACCAACCCAGUAUACUCCUGCAGAUUCCUUCUGCAGACUGGGAUUUAGUCGCCAAGAUGCCGGGUCGCAUGAAGAAGUCGACCAAGAAGUUCGAGAAGAAGCAUCUCAAGGAUGUGAUCGACCGUCGCAAGGAAUUCGCCAAGGUUAAGCAGCGACAGCAGGUUAAGGAAAAGAGGAAAGCGCGUAACGCUGAGGAUCGGGCGCAGAACGCAAACGACAGUGACAAUGAAAGCCCUGAACAGCGUCGGAAGCAGGAUGCCUUUGCGGAGAUGAACGUUGACGACUUCUUCGCUGGCGGAUUCGACAUUCCUGAUGCUGCCCCAGCCAAGGGAAAGAAGGCGAAGAAAACAGCUGUCACCCCGAAGACAGGCAAACGGAAGCGCUCAGAAGAUGGAGACGACAAUGAGUCUUCGGCUUCAGGCAGUGGUGAGGAAGAUGCCGAAUCUCAGAGUGAGGAUGAUGCCGCCUCCGAGACAAGCAGUGUGAACGACAUGGCGACGCACAAGGAUCAGCUGGAGGCACUGAAGGAAAAGGACCCGGAGUUCUACAAGUAUCUGAAAGAAAAUGAUGCCGAGUUGUUGGACUUUGGUGAUCACGGAGACCUGGCCGAAGUUGAUGAGCUCAGUGAGGGCGAGGAGGAAGGCCCUGCGAAGAAGAAAAAGAAGUCCAAGUCCGAGGAUGAGGAUAUGGAAGAGGUAGAUAACAAGCUCACCAUGGCCGAUAUCAAGAAAUGGAGGAAGUCUAUGGAAGAACAGCAUUCGAUGAGGGCCCUGCGGCAGAUUGUCCUGGCGUUCCGUGCUGCUGCCUAUGUCAACGAAGCCGAAACUCCUGAACAGAAAUACACCAUCUCGGACCCCGACGUAUACCACCAGGUGCUCAUCACGGCCCUGAAUGUGGUCCCGAAGGUUCUGACGCAUCACCUUCCUGUCAAGGAGACUGCCUCCGGGAAAGUGAGGGUGCAAAUGGACUCGAAGAAGUUCAAGACUUUGACACCUCUCAUCAAGUCUCAUACUACCUCUGUUCACCAGCUUCUCGGUAACCUGUCGGAUGCGUCGACGCUGAAGUUGACUCUGUCCUCGAUUGAGCCGAUGCUCCCCUACCUUCUGCAGUUCAGAAAGUUGCUCAAGGUUGUUGUGAAGACUGUCGUGGGAAUCUGGUCUGAUUCCUCCACCAGCGAAGCCACACGAAUCACAGCGUUCCUUCUCAUCCGGCGUCUGAUGGUCAUUGGUGAUGCCGGUAUUCGGGAAGCCGUCCUCAAGGCUACCUACGAAGGUGUCGUCAGGGGCAGCCGGAACACCACCGUCCAUACUCUCCCCGGUGUCAACCUGAUGAAGAACUCGGCGGCUGAGAUCUGGGGUAUCGACCAGAACGUUUCCUACACGGCCGGUUUCUCCUUCAUCCGCCAGCUCGCGAUGCACCUGCGAAGCAGCAUCACGAAUCCUUCCAAGGACUCCUACAAGACUAUCUACAAUUGGCAAUACGUCCACUCGCUUGACUUCUGGUCUCGAGUCCUGUCCCAACACUGCGAUGGCCUCGCUGAAGCCAAGGCUGGAAAGGCUUCUGCCCUCCGUCCACUCAUCUAUCCCGUCGUUCAAAUCACCAUUGGUGCUAUGCGCCUGAUCCCCACGGCACAAUACUUCCCUCUUCGCUUCCAGCUGGUCCGCGCUCUUCUCCGCAUCUCCCGCGCCACAGGCACCUACAUUCCUCUCGGAUCCGCGCUCCUUGAAGUUCUCACGUCUGCGGAGAUGCGCAAGCCCCCGAAGUCCAGCACUCUCAAACAGCUCGACUUCCAGACCGCCAUCCGUGCGCCAAAAUCCUACCUUCGCACCCGCGUCUACCAGGACGGCGUCGGCGAGCAAGUCAGCGAGCUCCUUUCAGAGUUCUUCGUCUUGUGGACAAAGCACAUUGCCUUCCCUGAACUCUCCCUCCCUAUCGUGGUCAUGCUCAAGCGCUGGCUGAAAGACGCUGGCUCUCGCACCACAGGAAACAAGAACACCAAACUCAACCAGCAGAUCUUGCUCCUCGUACAGAAAGUUGAAUCGAACUCUCGCUGGAUCGAGGACAAGCGCUCAAAGGUCAACUUCUCGCCCAAGGACCGCGCUGAAGUUGAGACCUUCCUCAAGGACGUUGACUGGGAAGUUACCCCUCUCGGUGCGUUCGUCAAGACACAGCGUAAGCUUCGCGCAGAGCGCGCCGCUGUUCUGGAACAGGGUAGACGUGAAGAAGAGGAGAGGAGAAAGAGAGGCGGUGAUGAUGACGAUGAGAUUAUGGAAGAUCUCGCUAGUGGAAGCGAUGAAGAGGAAGAGGAAGAAGUCGAGGAGGGGUCGGAAGAAGAGGAUGAGGACGACGAAGAUGAUGAGGAGGAGGAUGAUGAAUAAUAGAUGCAAAGUCAUAUCCUUUGUUCAUCCAAUUCCUUCAGAGUCUAGUACCCAUCGUCAUCUUUGCAGUCUCAUUCUCUUUUCAGUGUCUAUGUUUUCUCUUAUCUGGUAUACAUUGUUCUGUACGUUAGAUAUCAUCAUCGGGACCGGCACCAGGGUAUUAAAAAAAUUCCAUUUCAGU